AGGUGGAAGCUCAUUCAGAAAUCUAUCAAUUUAUUUAGCAGAUUUAGCCGUUCUCUAACGAUAGUUAUCACCUGCCAAUACUUCGAUUUUUAUACAAAAUAAAAUAGGCAACGGAGAAAAACCGUUGCCUGAACCCAAAAUUGCAGAAGUGACGGCCAGUAGCUGUACAAAGAGAGGAGGGAGAGAAAGUGCUUAAAAUUGCAAGUAGAAUGGCGAAGAAUUACGAGGAGGCUAUUACAAAAGAUGAGUCUGAGAUCAAGUACCGUGGCAUCAAAGCCAUGCCCUUUGUUAUAGGAAAUGAAACCUUUGAGAAGCUAGGAACUAUAGGAACUUCAUCGAACCUUUUGGUCUAUCUGACCACAGUGUUCAACAUGAAAAGCAUCACAGCUACAAAUCUUGUCAAUGUCUUCAAUGGCACCACCAACUUUGCCACCUUGCCGGGAGCCUUCCUGAGUGACACCUAUUUCGGCCGCUACAAUACCCUCGGAUUUGCUUCAGUUGCUUCUUUCUUGGGGAUGCUGAUACUAACCCUAACAGCGGCGGUUGCAAAGCUGCAUCCUCCAAGCUGUGAAGCAGACGGAAUAAGUGGUCCAUGCAUUGGUCCAACACCAUGGCAAAUGGCAUUUCUACUAAGCGGACUCGGUCUACUAGUUGUCGGAGCUGGUGGCAUUAGGCCUUGUAACUUAGCCUUUGGUGCAGACCAAUUUGAUCCCAAUACUGAAUCAGGGAAGAAGGCUACCAACAGCUUUUUCAACUGGUACUACUUCACCUUCACUUUUGCCAUGAUGGUUUCUUUGACAGUCAUCGUCUACGUGCAAUCGAACGUGAGCUGGGCUUGGGGGUUGGGAAUUCCUACGUUUCUCAUGUUCUUGUCAUGUGCACUAUUCUUCAUGGGUACAAAAAUUUAUAUGAUAGUGAAACCAGAUGGUAGUCCAUUCACAACUGCAGUGAGGGUCACAGUUGCUGCAGUCAAGAAGAGAGGACUGCAAUUACCGGAGCAACCUGGGAUUUCACUUUUUAACUACGUCCCGAAAAGCUCUAUCAACUCCAAGAUUCCUUACACUGAUCAAUUCAGAAUCCUUAACAAAGCUGCAAUCAUGACCAAUGAAGACAAAAUCAACCCGGAUGGGUCAGCAGCAAAUCCAUGGGGACUUUGCAGUAUGCAGCAAGUGGAAGAAAUUAAGUGCUUGGUGAGAGUGGUUCCCAUUUGGAUCUCACAAGUUAUAUACUAUGUUACCCAUGUGCAACAACAAACUUAUACAGUCUUCCAAGCACUGCAAUCCGACAGGCACCUUGGCAACACCGGCUUCAAGAUCCCCGCUGCGUCUUACACAAUAUUCAGCAUGCUUGCCCUCACACUCUGGAUACCAAUCUAUGACAGACUCAUAGUCCCAAAAUUGAGAAAAAUUACAGGAAAAGAAGGGGGCAUCACAGUACUACAAAAGAUGGGCAUUGGCAUGGUUCUUGCUAUAAUAACCAUGCUAGUGUCUGGCCUAGUUGAAGAGAAGAGAAGAAGCUUGGCUCUCUCUAAUCCCAUUGGAAUGGAGGAAAGAAGGGGUGCAAUUUCUUCGAUGUCCGGAUUUUGGUUCGUCCCUCAGUUGUCACUAAUCGGACUGUCUGAGGCUUGCACAGUAAUUGGACAAGUGGAGUUUUAUUACAAGCAAUUCCCAGAAAACAUGAGAAGCAUUGGGGGUUCAUUUUUGUUUGUAGGGAUGGCAAUGUCCAAUUACCUGAGUAGUUUUUUGGUGUCCAUAGUUCACCAUACCAGUGAUUGGCUGCCUGAAGAUCUUAACAAGGGGAGAUUGGAUUACUUUUAUUAUGUGGUGCUUGUAUUGGAGGUUUUGAAUCUUGUCUAUUUCGUAGUACUUGCUAGGUGGUUUAAGUACAAAGGAAGUGGUGGAAGUGCCUCCGAAAUUGGGAUGGAGAAUAUGCAAUCUGAGAAACAUCUUGUUUGAUAGACUAAGAUCAAACGUAGCCAGCUAGCUACAAAAUCGUGGUCUCGAUUAGGGAAAUCAUGCAAGAAACAAGUGUAAAAUUUUUUCUGUUACAAUUUUACUUUACUCCACUUAUGUACGGUUAUUUUAAAGGAGCAUGAAUUUAGUUGCAUGCAAAAAUUUCUUACAGUAUACCAAAAGAAAAUUUUACAA